AACAAAAGCCCCCGUGCAUUUCCAUGGACCAGUGCAGUGUGUAGCAUCCGUCAUUGGAGCUGCCAGCCUGCAAGUUGAUUUCACGUGAACUUUCAGUCUGCUGAAGAUAUAACGAUUUUAAAGUUAAUCAUAAACUCUCGAAAUAUAAGAACUAGGAGGUUUUUGCGUAUAGUAUUUAUUAACUGUAGAUGUAGAUAGUCAUUUGGAUUUUAGCAUAAAAAAGUACAAUUAUAGCUAAUCCACGCCGUUAACGAGGCCAUUCUUGGAUUGGCCUAAAACGAGGCCAAUUAUUCACCCCAAAAAAAAAAAAACGCGACAAACGGGUAAAAUUGCUAGCGUCUGGUCAGAAUUGAGAGGAGAAAGACGCAUCCCAUUGUCGUCCAGUUUGGCUCGUCGGAAUUAGCUCGAUCCCACAAAAGAUGGAAAUCCAUAACCCCUGCAGAGGCGUAAACUGAAAAAGUAUUGCCUCCACCGUAGAUGGACCAAUCUGGAGGACCUACCAUGGGGUGGAACGUUUUCAGGUUCUGUACGGUACUGCGCGCUCUUGGUUCCGUCAUGAUCAUAUUGGUCCUCGGCCUUGUCGGCUUCACUUACUACGCUGUCGUCUUGGCUGAUUACGGACCUGCUCUAUUCUAUGGCGGCCUUGAUUCCUUCACAUCUCUUGCUGUCUUGGUUCUUUUCCAUGCUUUGCUGGUGAUGCUGUUGUGGAGCUACUUUUCUGUUGUUCUAACUGAUCCUGGGGGUGUCCCACCAAAUUGGAGGCCAAAAAUUGACGAGGAAAGAUGUGAUGCAGAUCCAUUGGUGGAGUCAGCGCAUAUUGGCCCAGCUUUAGCUUCACACGAUUUUGGUGAAUCAGCAAAUCAAAAUAAACGGUAUUGUCGAAAGUGCAAUCAAUUUAAACCUCCUCGUAGCCAUCAUUGUUCUGUUUGCGGGAGAUGUAUCUUGAAGAUGGACCACCACUGCAUUUGGGUUGUAAAUUGUGUGGGCGCAUUGAACUACAAGUAUUUUCUUCUUUUCCUGUUCUACACAUUUCUUGAGACAACUCUUGUCACUUUAUCAUUAUUGCCAUAUUUUAUGGCAUUCUUUUCUGAUAUUGAGAUUGCUGGAACACCAGCUGGCCUUGCCGCCUCAUUUGUUGCAUUUGUUUUGAACUUGGCCUUUGCAGUAAGCAUUAUGGGAUUUAUGAUCAUGCACCUGUUAUUCGUUGCAUCUAAUACAACCACCAUAGAGGCAUUUGAGAAGAAUACCACUGCAAAGAGGUCUUAUGACCUAGGCUGGAGGAGCAACUAUGAGCAGGUUUUUGGCACUAAAAAAGGGUUCUGGUUGAUCCCUGCUUACUCAAGUGAAGAUUUAAGACAAAUGCCAGCUUUACAGUGUCUUGAGUAUCCAAAAGUACCUGAUGUGGAUGCCCUCCAGCGUUUAUAAAAGAUGUUGGCAGAAUUGAAGUAAUUGAAGCCUUGGACGUGGUUGUUUAAGCUAUAUGUGAACCAGCGCAGUUUAACAUGGGACAACGAUCUCGCUGAUGGUCAUGGAUUCUUUUUUGUUUUAGGCCACCUAUGGUAAUGGAUUCACUUCGUCCUCUUAUGCAGUGAUGGCAAAUGGGCGGACGCUGAAGGUAGUCCCCACUCCCCUGGUUUCUCGUGCGUCCAAUUCCUGCCCAUGCGUCAUCUGGCUCUGCCUUUUUGAGUGUUUCGAGUGUUUCUGGGUAUAUUUUUUCGUGUAUAUGUGUAUUAUUCACGUCUCAAUUCAGAAUUUUUGUAUGAUGUAACAUUGAUGGCGUAGUGCAAAGGCCUCACCGAAAAAAAUUGCGAACUAUUUUUUCUUAGCGAGCUAACCCACUAGGAAGGUGGAUGUGCUCGGACUUCUUUUGCACAGUUUGAGUUUAAUUUAUUAUUUGUAAGUAUGAUGCUUUGAGAAUUCGCAAGAAAGGAAUUGUUGCUGCUUGAGGGCGAUAUUCUAAAAAUUUGAUCGGAAGUAUCGUGUUGUGAUUGACGAAGUUAAAUUCGCCUACGUAAUUCUGUAAAUUUUUAUUUUUUGUUGAGCUGGUAUAAUUAUGUUGAGUUGAAGAUUAUAUAAGCAAAAUAGUUGUUAAUCUUUUUA